AGCUAAUAUGGCCAACCAGACACACUGAAUAGAAUCAUGUGCUGUUCUUUAUUACACUAAUCAGCUUUGAUCUGCCACUAGCCAAACUCCCCCCGCACUUGGUUGUACUGUCACAGUUUGCAUCACAAACUAAGUGGAAACUUCUCAUUCGGGAAAACGUCACAUGGUAGCUACAAGCAAAAGAAAAGAAGAAAUGGCAUUUUCCAUAUCUGAUCUUUCAGGCCCAUAAUGAGACAUUUCUCUCCGCCUCCUCUCUUUCAGGAAAGUGUGCUCUGUUUUCUGCCUUUAUUCUCCAAAUGUUAUUUCCCCAAAUGCCACUCCUUCUUUUUCACAUUCUAUUAUGUUCCACUGCGCUCUGCUUAUUUCAUAUGGGUUCGACAUAUAAGAGCAGUGAUCAGGGAGGAGAUCUGCCCUGUGGGCCUCAUACAGACAAUGAUAUAAACAUAUUAUGCAUAAGGAGCAGAUUGAGUGAAAGGGUGAAAUAACAACGCAAUCUUAAUAACGCCCCGGACCUCACACACAUACACAUGGGCUGAAGUCCCCACCCCCUCGGUUGCAUCCACCCACACGAUGAUAAAGAUCACUUCAAUUAACCCGGGCUUAGCCUGCAGCCUGGGUAGUCAUUUUAUGUAGAAUAGAGGCAUUAUGUGCGUGUGUGUGUGUGUGUACUGGUGGGAGAGGCUGCAUCCCAGUUUCAUUAAUUGAAUCCUAUUUGGCAGACUGGGGAAGGAGGAGCAUGCAAUUGACUGAUUCAUUCAUUCAUUUCCACACACUUCACAUCUUCAUACACAUGCUCUCAAACACACACACAAACACGCCACCCUAGAGGAAAGGUAUUAUUGAAUAGAGACUUUGUGACAUCCUCUCUCACACAGGCCUGCACAAUGCUCUGCUAAACUCUCCCUCCCACUGUCAGUCAUCAUAUGUAUGUGUGGGCAAAGCAAAACACAUAAGGGUAAUAAGAUAUUCUCUGUUUAUUCACCCGAAACAAGAAUAGAUGGAAGGAAAUACAGAAAGUGACACCUACGCAGUGAUAUGGUUUUUUUUUCCUAUUCUUAGUGGCUGUGUCAGAAAUGUGUACAAAUGGGGAAAGAAAUACCACAGAAAAUUGCUAUUGUUUUGAAGAGAGAUUUACAUUAUAUUUGUGUUUCAGGUACCUGAUAAUGCAGUAAUGGCCUUGGUUCCCAAGCAAGUUACAGCCUACAACUCUGUAAAUAACUCCACCGUGUCCCGAACUUCUGCAAGUAAAUAUGAAAACAUGAUCAAGUACACUGGAAGCCCCGACAGCCUUCGUACCCGUACUCCUAUGAUCACCCCCGACCUGGAGAGUGGGGUGAAGGUUUGGCACUUGGUUAAGAACCACGAGCACGGAGACCAGAAAGAGGGCGACCGCGGGAGCAAGAUGGUCUCUGAGAUCUACCUGACAAGACUUCUGGCCACCAAGGUUAGCAAUCUAUGUUUAGGAGAGACACUAAUCUGUGAGGACCUACUGUGCUAACCUCUAGGUCCAUAU